AUGGCUGUCACCUCAGUAGGAUGCCCAGCAAUCGGAGAUCAUGAAAACGAGCGGGAAAAAGAGCGUCACGGAGUGUUCACGAGCCAUCACUAUCCACAUCUCAUUGCUAGAUUGCUGUCAUUCUUAUCGACUUUCAAACGGGUACCACCAGGAAGUGUGCCCAAAAAUUAUACAAUGAAUGAUUGUUUGGACAUGGAGGUGCUCAAUCUAAAAGUCGUAAAGAGCAAGAUUGUCCAAGAUGGACUAACAUCAACAAAAACUUCCGUGGAGCCUAGCACGGGUCGACGAUCGUGACGAACGUGUAUAUACAUUGCACACGGCAUUCGCAUCAAGAAGAACUUCAUCGCAGCGGAUGUUUUCGGCUCUGAAAUCGCCACAGUUUGGUAAUUUAAAACUUCAAAACAAAAGCAGUCUUUGUACAUCUCUGUGGG